AAUUGUGUUUACUGUCUAAACAAGUUUUACAUGGAGAACAGUUAUUUGUUUGGCUUCUAAAAGCGAGAAAAUGAACCAGAUGUCUAUACAAAUUUUUGCAUCCUAGACAGAAAUGAAUCUUACUCUCUGCUUGCAAUGUGAUGCACUAAAGCAAAAUGUGUAAUAUUUCCCGCAGACUUAAUCUACCUUGACAACUGGUUCACGAUGACCGUUGUUUGCUCAGUAAGAGAGCAACCUAUGGGCAAAAAUCUCAAGAAUGCACAUCUGAUUAGCGAUUAUUGAAAUAUUUCUUGCUGUUCUACCGAGGAAGAUGGUUUGGGAGUGCAAGGAGUGUAAUAUGACAUUUAAGACUGAACAGUUGUUUGAUACUCACAAGAAGAAGUUUUGUUUCGGAAACAGUGUGGAUCCUGCUCGUAUUCAUUCGAGAAUUUCUGGUAAAGGUGGGAGUAACACUGAAAGAAGAGACAGACAAGAAUUCCAAAUUCCAUUACCAUAUAUCAAGCCUUCAGUUCAUUCUGCUCCCAAUACUCCAUCAAGACAUAUCAGCAGUGUACAUCCAGGAAAUGAUAGGAGUAGGAUGUUUCUUUCUAGCCAAAAUCAUUCCUUGCGUCGUCAAUCUGCACCAAACACACCUUCUGGAGAAUAUGAUGGUAUAACAGCUCUUGAAAAAGAAAAGAUUGACCAGUUAAAAAGGUUCAAGGCUCAUCAUAUGCAGAGAAAUUCAAGGAACUUAGAGGAAAAAUUUUCUUUGGACAGCAUCAAAGAUAGGCAAUUUCAGACAUCAAGAAGAGGCAAUUACGAUCAUGACAGAAGUGAUGACAGGAUUGGGAAAUUGACUGAAAUUCAUCAGCAGCAGCUUGCCGAACUUAAACUGAGGAAUGAGAAACUUCAGGAAGAGAAAGCUAGGCUUGCUGAAAGAUUGAAUUCUCUUGGAAUAAGAAGUAGACAAAAAAUUCCAUCUCAGGGAAGUCUGAAACAACAAGCCACAGAACUUGAUGGACUCAAGAGAUAUUUGGAAUUCAAAGAAGAGGAAGAAAAGAGAAAUUUCUAUGCUCAGCAAUCUAAGACCAAUGUAAUGAAAGUUUCACCCAGAUCACCACCUCAAAGUGCUACAGCUGAUUACUUAAGGGGUUCAGAAUUGCAAGCAGUACAUCCAAGGAAAUCUUUGAAGGAGCCAUCCAAUGGAAGAGGCCAAGUUGUGCCAUAUCAUUCUCCACCAGUACAAUAUUUUGAGCCUGGACCAGUACCACUUGGGCGGGGCAAUAUCUUGCAUGAAAUUAAUAUGCUGAAGAAUGAAUACUUUCAAAGGGGAGGCCAUGAUCCAGAAAUACUUGCACAGAUAAGAGAUCUAGAGUAUGAGGCCCAGAGAAUGCAAGCUACCCAGAGACCACAAGCUGUAGAUCCAUUCCUGCAACAGCAAAUUCUGAGUUUCCACUUGGCCAAUCAGAGACUUGAACAAGAACUGCAACUUCUAAGGGAUGAGAGAGGACAGAAGGAAAGAAAGCGUUCACCAGAGGUGGAUCCUGAAUUCCAACGACUGAAAGAAGAGCACUUGGUGAAAAUGGCAUCACUUAGACAAGAAACAGAGCUUUUGAAGCAACAGGCAGAGGUGGAGAAGAUGAGAAAACAACUGAAAGAGCUUAGAGGAGAGACCAUAAUACCACUGGAAGGGAAUAGAAAGACGUUCGAGUCGCCAUUUAUAUUAACAAACACAAGCACAGACAAGGAAUUGCAGCCGAGUCCUUACGAUCCAAAUGCUGGGUUUGCCGUAUUCUGGGAUUUUGUUCUUGGCCUGAGCACGUCCUUUCCCAGAUGUAGACUCGCUGCUGGGGUGUAUCAAGGGGCAGAUAUAUCGACAGACGUCAAACUGCUACCAAUUGUUAGAACAACAGUCAUCACCCGACAGAGCCAUCCCACAAUCCCCCCUGGUGGAGCAGGAGUUAUUGGUGUAAAGCAUCCAUUUCCAAGAUGUAUGCCGGAUCAGAAUCUCGGCCUUGUUGUUGAGCUUCAAGCAAACAGUCCUGAGGACUCUAAUGACCCAAAUGAGCUGUUUUCAAAGGGGUGGACUAGAAUUGACUUGUUUGACAUGAGCAACCGACUGCUCAGUGGAAGGUGGAAGAUCCCGAUCAGAAUCUCUCCAAUCAAAGCAUUUCUUAGCACCCAUGAACUUAACAUGAUACCCCAGGUCGGACAGGCAGAGCUUUAUCUCAGGCUUGUGAACAGUCGCGACAUACCCUCGCAAGACACACAGAAUCCCCAGCCUGUCCAACAUCAUUUGUACAAAUAUCCAUCAGUGGAGAACAUUCGCGUCAUUCCUCAAGUUUCUACGCUGUCCGUCAACCACGGCUCGCAAAAUUUUGCCCCAGCGCCACCCCCACCCCCGUCAGUUCCUCCCCCUUCCCCUCCCCCUCCCCGUUCCGACACCCCGGCAGCUGUUUCACAGAAAGCAGAAAGCGUCCCGAGAACCCCGCUUGAUGAGUCAGUCGUUGGUUUCCAAGUAGACCAACUGAUUGAUGCCAUUCAGGGAGAAGCUAGGAUUAAAAUAACAGUCUACGAGCAUGGCGAGGGACAGGUUCUUAAAGGAGACAAUAACAUCCCAAUAAUGUGUGUAACCAGGUCAGCAAAACAAGACUUCCUUGAGGGAAUAUUCUCCUUUGGAUUACAGGAGGGGUAUCUAUUUUUGGUUCAGGCAAUCUUCCACCUGCGACAUCCAGUCCUCCUGAAGAAUUUCAAGAUGAAAAUGACCUUCCCAAGGAUGUAUGGAUAAAGAAUGGUCGCUCCUCUAUACUUACUGACGAAUUUGAAGAAGGGAAUGGCUUUGAUCUUUAUAUUGACGCCGCACGAUUUCUUCCAGACAGUGUCAGCGUCACUAAGGUGGCUGGAAGAGUAUUGGACAAGAACUACACAAGAAUUGGUGUAGACAUUGACGUACAAGCUACACUGGACAGUGAUAUCUACAACCCAGAAUACAACUGCAGGACAGAAUAUCGAGACCCAGUCUUCCCGCAGUCUUGUACUCUAAUGUUGAAAGUGUACACAGUGGAUAGGAUUUCAAAGACUCUUUGCUGUGUGGGAUACGGAUUCCUACCGAUCUUUGUUGAAGUUGGAACAACAAAACAACCGUCUGUCAGCAGCUCGAAUGUUAAGGUUGCUUUUAAUGAAGGUCCUCACCAAAUACGUUUGUAUGGUGGUUCUCCAGACCUCUCUCAACCUUUACACGAGAGCGUGACGCAGAGUCUGUCUCCUGUACCAUGUGCUAGUUUGUUGGUAAGACUGGUUCAAGCGGCUUGCCAUCCUAAUGGAAGACCAAAAGAGGCUUCAGAGUUCAAAGAGUCAGAGUGGGAGUCUGAGGGGCUGUUAGACCCCAAACCGAACUACGCAGACGGAGCAUAUUACUCCCUCUCUUGUGAGCCCACCCUGGGAGAGUGCCAGAUAUAUCACAGUAUGGUUAAGAGACAACCAAUCAAGACUCGUGAGGCAAUAAAACUCAUAGGAGAUGGUCAGGAACAUAAACUAAAGAAAGACAGAGUGAUAGAAAGCUGGAUCAAGACUCGCCUCACUCGAAAUAUCGAUGCUUUGCCUGGUGAUUUGGACCUUAGCUACGUUGCUCUAUACCACGUUAUGCACGGAUUAAAGAUCUCCGUGGAUGCUGCGCAGAAUUUACCAUGGUCCAAUUUUACAUUGGUCAGCUACUGUCUGUCGCCUCCCGGGUCAUUUUAUCGGGGUGCCAGAGAGGACUCGCUGAACCACGUAACAAAACCAGUGUACUCCAGUAGUGUUGCCUCUCCUGUGUGGAAAGAUGGAUUGAAGGUUUUUCCCCGUCGUAUUUAUCACAGGUGCAUGGUUGUUAUCGUCCAUCUUCAUGAGUUAGUAUUGGACACUACUCAGACCAAAACAUCUUACAGUUUACAAGGACAGGCGUGGACCGCUGUUCAAGUGUUUGAUGAAGGUUAUGUUAUGAACGGUUGUUAUCAGCUUCCUCUGUACACUGGGGACCUCCCUGAGGCUGUGCUUAAUUCUCUUGAAAGCGAUAACUGUCACAAUGUGCUUGCCAACUUUCGGAGAAGAAAGGCGAUUAAGCUUUUGGAAGGUAGUUCAGUUUAUGUUCGAUUAUCAGACGCCAGAAGAGCAGAAGAACUUCCUGCGCCGAAGAUGAGAGCCAGACAGGACUACUUGCCUAAAGAAAGGAUUGAGAACUACCUCAAUGUAAACCCGUCUUCGUCUUUGAGUUCACUUGUACCUCGCGGUAUGACCGAAGAUGAAUUAACGAUGGAACUUACAGACAAGUUCGCCAACCUUACAAAUCAACUGUUAGAAACAUACCUGAAGGACACAUCAUAGCAUUCACACCGAUAUGAAGAGAUAGUAAACAAGGAACAGCCUCAUAGCACUUCUGAACAUGCUAAUUUCUUAUUUAUUACUUGAACAAAAUGAGACCAGAAAAAUAUGCUUAUAGAUUUGUAUAUCGUCCAACUACAAUGUUUAUAGAACUGAGCUUUGAUGUAAAAUAUUUUUCUCUGACUCAAGACGUUGUUUAUAAAUUAUUAGUUUUCUGAAGGAGGUCUUGGUUUACUCUGUUGACAGUGUUAUAAGCUCAGAAUUCUCUUUCAUGUGAAAAUUUCUGAAAUCGCAGAGGCCUGUAGCUUGAUAUGCAUGUACACUUUAGCACACUACUUUACAAUAAUUUAUAAGUCUUUCUUAUUUGUGGACAAAUUGAGUAGAUUUGCUGCAGAAGUAGAUUUAGUUUGCAACCUUAUCACCUACACGUGGAAAUAGAGAUGAAUAGAAUUAAACAAUUUACUUCAAAAUU